UCUCUCUCUCUCUGAUUUAUGUAUGUAAUCCAUGUGUCUCAUUCUGUUAACCCUCAGUCAUUUUAGAGCUUCAAAAGCUUCAGCUGUUUCUCGUGUUUUUUGACCCUUAAAACUUCUGGGUUUCUAAUCUGCUCUCUGUUUCUGUUUCUGUUUCUAUGGAGCUUGCGACUCUCCAUUUUCAUAUUCUAAGGAGAAAUAUUUUGUGUCUAACACUUUGACCUGAUUUGCAGCUCCUAUGGAUAUGAGAUUGAUAAAUGAAGUCGUUUUGUGUGUGGUGAUGUUGUAAAUAAAACCUUCUAGGACUCUUGGUGUUUCAAUAUGUAUUCUCAGCAGCAAAACCUAUCAGAACUCCAGCAUUCUUCAGAGCAACAGAUGGGUUCUAAAUAUGAUACAAGUGUCAGCUCUACUAAGCCAUUCUCCAUAAGGCAAUAUGUUUUUGAGGCUCGUCAAAAGGAUAUCUAUAAUAAUUGGCCAUUUCCAGAAGAAUAUUUGAAAGUCUGUUCGAAGCAUGGUGUUAGCAGAGUGCUCCCACCUUUUGGGUCUAAUGAGUCUAUUAGGAAUUCAUUACAUACAAAAGAUGUUGGCCAGAACUGUGCAAAAAAGGAAGAUUCAGAUGUUGGUUUCAUUGAUAAGCAUUCCACUUGGAUUGAUGGAACAGAAGACAAUCUUGAAGUUGCUGGUGAUGUAUACAUGGAUGCAGCAAUUUCUGAAGUUUCAAAGAAAGUGAACCAUUUAUCUCUUAAUUGCAAUAAACCCGAGCAUGGAGAUGGCAAAGGUCUGAGCUCUAAUGUUGGUAAACAUCCUUUGGUUUCAAAAGAUAACACUUCAAACGCCAAGCCGAGUCUGAACCACUCUUAUGUCCAAAUUGUUGUGGCACUGCCUUCCACCAAGGCAUUUAGAAAACAAAAACAAAAAGGGAAACCUAAGAAACAUAAAGGGAAACCGAAGAAACGGUUAUUGGCAGAUAUUUUGGCUGAAGCGAGACCUUGUACUUUGGAGGAUAUCGAUGGGCUCAAAGGGUCAAACUGGGCCAAGGAUCCAAGUAUCACACCAUAUGGUUUUGCUUACAGUUCCAUAAAUACAGAAAAUUUUGAAGAUGAAGGAAAAGAAAGCAUGACUAGUAUUCAGCCGGAUUGCAGACCUAUACUCAAAGGGGGAAUCCAGAAGGCAAAGCACCCGAGAGAUGACAAUGCAGGCAAUGGCAAUUUGUUUAUAAAAAGGAAACGUGUAGUGAAGUUCAACCUCAAUGGCAAUAAAUCCAAAUUAUGUAACAGAGUAAUUAUUCCUCCAGGAACAGUUGAAAGGGAAUGGGAAUCUAUAAGGAGUGAAAAUUUUAUAGAUGAAGGGAAGAAAAAGAACAAAGUUGAGUACGAUUCUGAACCGAAGUUAGAUGAGGAGUUAUCUCCAAUAUAUGAUAGUGCAGGUGGCAGAAACUUGUCAGCAAAGAAGAAACCAAAAAUGAAGGUCAAUUUUAGGGGAUUUAAAGCUAAGUCACAAGAUACAUGUAUAUCUAAAGCACAGAAUAGGAAAAUGUUGACUCCUGGAACAGUUGAAAGAAGGGAUGCAGUUGAACAAAACCGGAUGCCAAAACGCAGGGCAACUAGUUUUCAAGAGGUUGUCUGAGGUGGCAAGACUAUCAGCUGAUUGGUUAAGAGAUUCUUUGUGACAUGAAGAGCUAUCAUCAACUUAUGGAAUUGGGUAG